UCAGCUCUGAACGUUCACCCAAUAGAGCCGAUUCAAAGAGCCGACUCUCUAUGGAAUGAUACAAAACUAAUCCAAACACACGGUAUCCACUAGACACAAGCACACAUACAUUCACACCUACACCUCAUUCACUUUCAAUCACAGAGUAGCGGUCGUGCAGGAAUAUGCAGAAAUGUCUGACGGAGGUGUCGCCUAGGUGUGCAGGUUAUGAUACUGAAAGUGCCAUCACUGUGAAGUAAUACUGCAAGCAAAUACAUCAAUGCCAGCAACACCAGGAAGGUAAAAGUAGGCGCAAUUAUGUCUAGAAGCAAGAGCUCGGAGUCUGUGAAGGUUGUUGUGCGGUGUCGCCCGAUGAAUGAAAAAGAGCGUGCUGCAAACUUUGAGAGCGUGGUGUCUGUAGAUGUAAAUCUAGGUCAGAUUGUAGUGCGUAAUCCAAGAAGCCGGUCCACUCAUGAACACCCCAAAGUUUUUACUUUUGACUCGGUCUAUGACUGGAAUUCAAAGCAGGUUGACCUCUAUGAUGAGACUUUCAGACCACUGGUGGAGUCAGUGUUGUUGGGAUUCAAUGGCACCAUCUUUGCUUAUGGACAAACAGGUACAGGAAAAACAUAUACAAUGGAAGGAGUACGCAGUGACCCAGAAAAAAGAGGAGUCAUUCCCAACUCCUUUGAGCACAUUUUUACACAUAUCUCCCGAUCACAGAACCAGCAAUAUCUGGUCAGGGCAUCAUACCUGGAGAUUUACCAAGAGGAGGUCAGGGACCUGCUAGCCAAGGACCAGUCUCGUCGCCUGGAGCUGAAAGAGAGACCUGACACAGGUGUUUAUGUCAAAGACCUUUCUUCAUUUGACACUGGAUGUGUCGAGGCGAUUGAGCAUGUUAUGGAUGUAGGUAACCAAAAUCGUUCAGUUGGCUCAACCAACAUGAAUGAGCAUAGUUCCCGUUCUCAUGCCAUACUUAUCAUCACUAUUGAGUGUAUUGAGUUGGGUCUAGAUGGGGAGAACCACAUCCGUGUUGGAAAACUCAAUUUAGUUGACCUGGCAGGAAGUGAAAGGCAGGCAAAAACAGGUUCUCAAGGAGAAAGACUAAAGGAGGCCACCAAAAUCAACCUCUCCCUGUCUGCUUUGGGUAAUGUCAUUUCUGCAUUAGUGGAUGGCAAAAGCUCCCACAUUCCGUACAGAGAUUCCAAGCUCACGCGUCUGCUACAGGACUCGCUGGGAGGCAAUGCCCGCACUGUCAUGGUGGCUAACAUUGGACCAGCCUCAUACAAUGUAGAGGAGACUUUAACUACACUACGCUACUCAAACCGUGCCAAAAACAUCAAAAACAAACCCUGCAUCAACGAAGACCCCAAGGACGCCCUUCUAAGGGAGUAUCAGGAGGAAAAAGCUCGUCUGAAGCAGCAGUUGGAGAAACGAGCAGGGAGAAAGAAGAAGAAAAGGCAGAAGAGGAGACUUGGGGAGGGAGGAGAGGAACUGGAUGAUGAUGAUAAUGAGGAGGAGGAGGAAGGGGCGGGUGGGGAUAAGACCAUAGAUGAUUAUUGGCGGGAGCAGCAGGAGAACCUAGAAAAGGAGAAGAAAGCCAUUAUGGAGGACCAUAGUCUGGUGGCAGAGGAGAAACAGCGACUGCUGUUGGAGAAGGAGAAGAAGAUGAAUGAUCUCCAUCGGGAAAAGGAGGCAUCUGAGAUGCUUGCAGCCAAAGUCAAGGCUAUGGAAAGCAAGCUGUUGGUUGGAGGGAAAAACAUUGUUGACCACACUAAUGAGCAGCAGAGAAUUCUGGACCAGAAAAGGCAGGAAAUUGCAGAACAGAAAAGGUGUGAACGGGAGAUGCAACAAGAGGUGGAGUGUCGCGAUGAAGAGACUCUUGAGCUGAAGGAGACAUACAGCUCGCUGCAACAGGAAGUUGAUAUAAAGACCAAGAAACUAAAAAAGCUCUUCGCAAAGCUACAAGCCGUGAAGGCAGAGAUCCAUGAUGUCCAGGAGGUACAUAUUAAAGAGAGGCAAGAGUUGGAGCAGACACAGAACGAAUUAACCAGAGAACUCAAACUGAAGCAUUUGAUCAUUGAGAAUUUCAUUCCGUUGGAGGAGAAGAAUAAGAUUAUUUCGAGGGCGACCUUUGAUGAGGAGGAUGACAUCUGGAAAAUGAAACCCAUUAUCAGUGUUCAAGAUGACCAGCAGAUGAUGAGAAGACCAGUGUCUGUAGUCGGGUACAGGAGGCCGCUCAGUCAACAUGCAUGCAUGGCCAUGAUGAUGCGCCCUGAACCCAGAUAUAGGGCUGAGAAUAUCCUGAUGCUGGAACUUGACUUGCCCACACGCACCACUAAAGAGUACGAGGAACCCAUGAUUGCACCAAAGGUGGCAGCUGCAUUAGAAGAUGCAUUGAGGGAAGAGGGUGACAUUCAAGUAGAUGCUUCGGCCUUGGGCCAAGCUGGAUUCAUCAAGAAACCAAAAACAAGCUGUCCCAAAACAGGAAAGAAAGUGAACACUCCCAUGUCAGCUCACAGCCUCUCCAGCUCAGGACCCCCACUCUACCCCCAGUCUCGUGGCCUUGUGCCCAAGUAAACCCUCUAAAUACUCAUUCCUUCUCCAGAUCCUUCUAGAUAGACUAGAAUGUGUUUUUUGCCCAUGGUCUAAAAUUAUACGCUGAAGGUUGUUGUUAAUAAAAUCUCCAGAUUAUAAAAUGUA